AUAAAAAUGCUUUUCUAUUUCAUUUGUAAUAAAAAAUGGCGACGAAGAGGCAAGAGUAUCAACAAAAACGGAAAUUUGUAGAAAAUCAAAGUGAUACAGAUGAAGAAACUGAAAAAGGUAUUAAAGUUGCCAAAACAAAUGCAGAAGCACCACGACUGUGCCCUUACUUGGACACAAUAAAUCGUCAGUUUUUAGAUUUUGAUUUUGAAAAAUUAUGUUCAGUAUCAUUGUCAAGAAUUAAUGUAUAUGCUUGUCUUGUAUGUGGAAAGUAUUUCCAAGGUAGAGGUACCAAUACUCAUGCAUAUACACACAGUGUAGCAGAAAGUCAUCAUGUAUUUCUUAAUCUUCAUACCUUAAAAUUUUAUUGUUUACCUGACAAUUAUGAAAUCAUCGAUUCAUCGCUAGAUGACAUUAAAUAUGUUUUAAAUCCAACAUUUGAUAAAACUCAAAUUACAUUAUUGGACAAAAGUGAUAAAUUAUCAAGAGCUAUUGACGGUUCAUUAUAUUCUCCAGGUAUUGUGGGAAUGAAUAAUAUUAAAGCAAAUGAUUACUGCAAUGUUAUUUUACAAGCACUUUCGCACGUUACGCCUUUAAGGGACUUCUUUUUAAGGGAGUCUAAUUAUUCUCAUGUGAAAAGGCCACCUGGUGAUUCUUCCUAUCUUUUGGUCCAAAGAUUUGGAGAAUUAAUGAGAAAAUUGUGGAAUCCACGUAACUUUAAAGCACACGUCAGCCCCCAUGAAAUGUUACAAGCUGUUGUCUUAUGGAGUAAAAAAAGAUUCCAAUUUACAGAGCAGGGUGAUCCAAUUGAUUUUCUUUCAUGGUUUAUGAAUGCUCUUCAUUUAGCAUUAAAUGGUACAAAAAAACGAGAUUCUAGUAUAGUGUACAAAACAUUUUUGGGUCAUAUGCGUAUAUAUACACGAAAAAUACCGCCGCUCGAAUUAGACGAAAAUCAAAGAAGCGAAUUGCUUCAUACUGUAGAAUAUGGUCAAACUGUAACAGAAAGUCCGUUUUUAUAUUUAACAUGCGAUCUUCCUCCACCGCCUCUCUUUAAAGAUCAAUUUACCGAAAAUAUCAUUCCCCAAGUCAAUUUAUAUACAUUAUUAAAUAAAUUUAAUGCUGUAACUGAAAAAGAAUAUAAAACCUACAAGGAGAAUUUUAUGAAAAGAUUUGAAAUUACAGAACUUCCUCCUUAUCUUAUACUGUACAUAAAAAGAUUUACAAAAAAUACGUUCUUUGUAGAGAAAAAUCCUACUAUAGUUAAUUUCCCAGUUAAAAACGUAGAUUUUGGAGACAUUUUGACACCUGAAGUGAAGCAACGGCAUCCUUAUACGACGUACGAUUUAGUUGCAAAUAUAGUUCACGAUGGCGAACCCGGUCAAGGAACGUACAGAGUUCAUAUUUUACACAGAGCAACUGGUCAGUGGUACGAAUUACAAGAUUUACAUGUCACUCAAAUUUUGCCCCAGAUGAUAACAUUAACGGAAGCAUAUAUACAAAUUUAUGAAUUGAAAAAAGAUAUACAAACAGAGAAUGGUGAAAAUAAAAGUAAAAAGACAAUAUGA